AGAACUUCCUCUUCCCAUGCGCGCGCGCCCGUGCGUCACACUCGGGAAAACGCGCGAGCCGUUUUGGGCGCGAGAUAGAAAUUUAACGUUCGAGCCCCGGCGCAACGACAAGGAUUUCUUUGCUGAGUCGAAGAAUUACCGGCCAGCUCUCUGAUUGUUUAAGGAAAAAGAGGUGGCCCUGCUCAAGCAGUCGACGAGACAGCGGUGUUAUUCGGAGUUUUUGCGGACACUCGGAAGGGUGAGAGGAGGAGAUGUCCUGUUUGCUGCGCGGUAAAGAUGGUGAGCAGGUGCUAUAUCGGGACACUGACUCUGAUGUGGCAGAACGAGAAAGUGGGAAAGUAAAGAUAAAGUGGACCCAGGAAGAGGAUAAGAAUCUGAAGGUUCUUGUUCACAAUUUUGGGCAGAAUGACUGGAAAACCAUUGCCAGUUUCUUACCCGGUCACACAGAGUAUCAGUGUCAGCACCGCUGGUUUAAGGUACUUGACCCAGACCUUGUCAAAGGGCCCUGGACCAAGGAGGAGGAUGAAAAGGUUAUUCAGCUGGUAAAGAAGUAUGGUACUAAGCAGUGGGCCAUGGUGGCCAGGCAUCUGAAGGGCCGUCUGGGCAAGCAGUGCCGUGAACGCUGGCACAACCAUCUUAAUCCUGAUGUGAAAAAGUCAUCUUGGACUGCAGAAGAAGAUCUCAUCAUCUACAGGGCUCAGUGUGUACUGGGAAAUCGUUGGGCUGAGAUUGCCAAGCUGCUGCCUGGAAGGACAGACAAUGCUGUGAAGAACCACUGGAAUUCUACAAUCAAGCGAAAGGUGGAGAUGGGCUGCUAUCCCUUGGAAGAUGAUGUAAAAUUAGUGUCUCCAGAGCUGGAGCAGGAAGAGGUGGCUGCUUACUGGAACAACAUAAAACAGGUGGACUUCCGCUGUGAUGUUGUCCUGGAUGCAAACCCAGAAGCAGAAUCUAUGGAGCAGCUGUUGGGGACCUUGACCCCUAAGACUGAGCCUGACUCCUCGGUAGAGGCAUAUCCCAAUCGCUGGGUUGUGGACAGUGCAGGUUUCCUUUCUCCCACGCCAGACCCUGCCUUCAGGGAGGCACUGGAUCUGAUGGAGGGGAAAAAGCUUGCCACAGUGGAACAAAAGAUCAAACUAAAAAUUAAAAAGGAGUCAAAGCCAGAGACUGCAGUUUCACCAUCUACGGUUUUGAGCAGAGAAGGCAGGAGCCCCACUUCUGGCCACAUCUCCAGUUCUACCUCUACCACAACACCCGUCUCUAGUUCUAGAUGUGGUGCUGGUUCCCAGCAUACUCGACAAAAGAAUAUUACAGAGGCAAUUCUGCGCAUGAUUGUGGAAGAUAUGUUGCCACUCAGCUUUGUGGAACAGUCUGGUUUCCGAAAUCUUUUGUCAGUGCUGGAACCCCGCUACCCAAAGCUCUCACAGCGCUCUGUAGGAUUGAAGCUAUAUGAUGAAGUGGAGAAGGCCAUCAAGCCCCACCUCAUUCGUCAGCUAAAAAGCUGUGUUGCUUUGCGUGGUGGUGACGCAGUCAUCCAUGUCACCUUGGACUUAUGGGCCACCCAGUUAACCGAACCUGUUAUUGCUGUUCAGCUGCAUUUUAUUGAUGAUGAGUGGAAUAUCCACAGGCCCACCGUUGCAUUCCGUCACCUGUCCCACAAGAACGUAAUUCCAGUUGUGGCUCAUGAACUUGAGGCUGUGCUGCUGAGUUACGGCUUGUUUCCUCACAACAUUGGUUACAUCAUCACAAACGAGGCAAAAAGCACCAUUGUCAGUAAUGAUCUGUUUUGUGACUACAAAAUCAUGGGUUCAGCCUUAAUGAAUGAUCCAGGUGAGGAGGAGGUACAGAGCUUUCUUGGUGAUGUUCCUAGCUUGUCUGAAGAGUUCUCAGAGAUUCAGUUUGGCACAAGGGUCAACUGCAUUGCUCACCUGCUGCAGCUGGUAAUCAAGGAGGCUCUGAAGAACUCACGUGUGGUGGAGAACCUUUUGUCUCAGGUGCACAGUGUGACAGCUUUCUUUUGCCACAAUACCUACUGGAAUGAAGUUUUGUUGAGGGAGUGUGGGCUUUCCCUUGCACCACCACAAAACUCGGGUAACUUCUGCUGGAACUCCACCUUCAUUUUUAUCCGCAAGAUGGUACAGGAAUCCGUGUGGGGCUCAGUCAUGGCACUGCUUGCACAGGCACGCAUUGAGGCUAAAGACUCAUUAAGCUCCCCACCUGCAGUGUGGGCAAAGCGGGAACAGGUUCUAGACAUCAUCCACCUGCUAGAGCCCUUUGAAGAAGCAAUACAAGUUCUACAAGAGGAUGGUGUCACCUUCUCCCUUGUCAUCCCUUCUCUCAUUGGACUUGAUAAAACUCUGGCUAGUAGAUCUACCAACUACAUUUAUUUCUGUAAGGGCCUCCGUGCUGGUCUUCAUGCUCGUUUCCAGCCCCUCCUCCUGCAAAGGGACCUGAUCCUUGCCACUGUCCUAGAUCCCCGUAUUAAGCUCCAAACCUUUGAAGAGACCAAGCAGGAAAUGGAGGGCAUUGGCCUGGCAGCCCCUUCCAAAUUCCAAGCCCAGACACUGAUGCAGUCUGCAUUGGAUGAUAUGAACACCUGUAACUUACCAGAGAAAAAGUGCAUGAAGAAAGAAUUUGAGGAGCAGUCUCUGGAGGAAAGCAAAGCCUUGAACUGCAACAUUAAGCGAAAGAAGGUCUUUAGCUUCUUUCAACCAGCUGCUAAGACCAUGAAGUUUUCAGAGCUGGAUGUUUACUUGUCGGAACCCUUGCUGGAUGGGAACUGUUGCAUCCAGGCCUUUUGGAAAGAAGCAGCUCGCUUUCCUCAGCUGCAGAGUCUGUCCCGCAAGCUUUUGGCUGUGCCUGCCACUUCUGGGGGCUUUGAGCGUCUCUUCCCUCUGGCAGGUUGUAUUGUGAAGGCCAGGAGAAGCAAUCUGCCGCCCCAUACCACAGAAAGACUGCUGCUGUAUAGAGACUCACUGAAGCUAAAGAAUGCAAAAUAGCACUUGUUGGACUUUGCUGCAUCGGUUCAGUGAGUUUUGCUUUUGAAUUCAACAAAAUGGAUUUUAUUAUCCCUUCUGUGACUUUCAACUCUAGGUUGAAGCUAGUUUUCCAUGUUUUGGUAAACAAAUGUCUUGCUGGGGUCAAAAAGCAAGGUGAAUUGAAAUAUGGAUCAGAGAACUGAGACUGAUAAUGAGAGUGUAAUGUUUUGCUUGGACAACCACAAACAGUACGAUGCCUAAAAUGGGUGGAACAAUUUAAAUUUUCUUUUUUUGGAAAUGCAGUAACUUUUUCUUUCUAUAGCCAACUUGGCUCUUUGUAGAAAAAAAU